AUGCUCGAGGCAAUCAUUAUUGUACCGUUCGGUGUGGCCUUGUGGGCGCUGUCAAAAAAACAGGCCAGGCAGAAAGAGAUUAUUGGUGCGCUUGAGGCUACCAUUGUGAGCCAGCGCCAGGAAUUGGACCGCCUGCUGCAAACGGGAAACGUCUUGAGUUCGGCGCGGCUAGCCGCUUUCUCGGCAGUUGUGGCGGCAGGCGUGUGUGUCUGCUUCCUCCUCUUCCGCCCUGGAUCGGCGUCGCCUUUGCGAUGUGACCUUCCGCCGCCUACGUAUACCCCAAACCUUGCGCGGCACGAUGAGGAAGAGUGUGUUGUGUGCAUGAACCACAAAAGAGACACCCUGUUCGAGCCGUGUCGCCAUCUCUGCGUAUGCUGGCCGUGUUCACGCGCUAUGCAUACCUGCCCGUUGUGCCGGCAGGAAAUAACGAGUUGCCAGUUUACAUUCAUUCCUUGA